UGCAAAAAUCCUCUUUAUAUAAAAUAAAUAAGAUAUUGUACUUUUUACCCAUUUAUAGUUACCGCUGAUCGUGGAUUGUUCAGAAUACGUACAAGUUAGUCCUUGUCAUCCUAUAUCCGUGAUUUCCUCACCAUCCUGGAUUUUGUUCUCCCCUUUGAAUUUAACGAGACAACAAAAACAGCUUGUCAUGUUAAACACAAAACCGUCCAUCCUGAGGACUUUCUAAUAAGUUCAGCUCUACCUCUCUGUUGCCAAGCUUCACAGGAAAAUGUUCAGGAUUUGCUGUUUGUAAAACGUCACCAAUAGCAUCAUAUCAAUAUCUAUAUACUUUAUCUAUUUAUGUGACUGAAAUGCUGAUGGUGGGGAUGCUUACAGAACGUUUGGGUCUUUCUAUUUCUGAUCAUUUUGUCAGGUUAUAUAAAGCCAGGAUUGCAUGACAGACCUCAUAUUAAGGCGGGGUUAUGUGACAGACCUAAUUGGAAGGCAGUUAUGUGGCAGACCUACUUUAACAUGUAACUGACCUCAAAGGCAAAUUAAAACAAGUUAUUUUAUACAAAUAAAUAAAAAAAAAGGCUAGGGUAUAAACUCUGGGGAUUGCACAGUGUGUCACAGGGCAGACUAUUAAAUUGCUUCUUGUGUAAAGAAGGCUUUUAUGUCAAAAGGUGACACAUACUUUGAAACUUUUUGGGGUGAGUGACAGAGGAACCUGAGGUGCUGUAGAGAAGUCUACACUACUUAUGUUAUCUCCUGCUUUAGGGUUACACAACCCGUGUUUGUCAUUAUAUAAGUGAGCUACAUAACGUACCAAUGGGAGGGUGUCUGCGAGGUCACGUGAUGCGUAGUGGGCGGGACGAACGUGAGGUGUUUAUUGUUAUGUAGCGGGGUGGACGGACCGGUCCCGCUGAAAAACCUCCGGGUUGAUCUCUCUUCUUAUGCUGUUAAUUUUUUAAUUAUGUAGCUCACGCGUGUGAUUUGGGGUUAAAAUGGACUAUCCGGAGUUGGUUUGCGCGUGGUUUAGAAAUGGAAAGGCUAAGUGCUGGAAAGCGCGGAGAGGAAAGAGAGUCAGUACCGGAUCGCGGAGAAAGGGAGUUGUGCGGAGGGCAGUGUACCGGAGAGCUCGUGCGUUAUUUCAGAACUGAUACACGGGUCACAAAGCGGCGCCGGAUAUUUUUGUGGCUCGCGCUUGAAACGUGACCGCGACCGUUUAACGUGCACGCUUUGUUCCGCUCCGUUUGUGUGACCACAGACCUUUCCUCUGUCGCCCUUUUCGAUCCCACACCGUCGCACUGAAUACCGUUUAUUUCUCAUUUCCUUAAUCAUCAAACUUUUUCUUCUUCUUUUCAUGCUUUUCCUAAAUGGUUCUACAAGUGUCGUCCCGUGUAGCACAGAUAGCCUGGUGUGUGUGUGGGGGGUGGGAGAGAGAGAGAGAGAAAGAGACAGAGAUCCGGAUUGUGAAACAUUUACGUAAUUGAUAGGCGAUUAAAGAGGGAGCGCGCGAGCGCGUGCGAUCUGGUUAAUGACUCCACAUUUCAUUACCGGCGUUUAAACGCACGUUUUCUACAUUUGACGUCAAGGCCUGGCCGUAUCCGCCGCUGAUGUAGUAGUCAUUCCAGCACGAUGAGGUAGCGUGUUGAUUACCAAAGACUUAGAAUUGUUCACUUUUUUUUUUUUUUUUUAGUAUUUAUUUAUUUUAUUUGUAUGUAGACAAUAGAUAAGGAGUUAAUUAAGCAAGGAUGGACACUGAGAUCCAGAGUUCUUCCGAGCAUUUCGCGCACGAGCCAAGCGUACCCGGUGUGUGUCCAGAAAUGCUGGAAGUGGCCGAGGAAGCAUGCCGGGCCGGAGAUUACGAGCUGGCUAUUGAGAUCUACUCUUCUCAGCUGUCCGAGCUCCACCAGCCUGAUCGUGGGCUUUGCCUGCGCAAGGCAGACGCUUUAGCUCGCGCCGGGCGUAUAGCCGAGGCGUUGGACUCGUACUGCGUCGCCGCGGACCUGCACCGGCUCCGUGUCGAGGAGCUGCGGCUGUUGGUGGAAAGCAUUGCGCGCACGAUCCGAGUGAAGGAGCUGCAGGCGAGCGCGAGCGCGGCCACCUGUUCAGACCUGGACGAGCUCGAGGAGGAGCAGCAGCACGCGCUCGAUUUGUUUUCGUGUCGCCUGUGCAAGUGUUUGCUAUCCGAGCCCACCACGCUGGUGUGCGGCCACACGUUUUGCAAACGGUGCCUGGAGGACGCCGUCGUCAACGAGUGCAAGUCGUGCCGCACGAGCAUGAACAAAUCGUGGUGCACCAGCGGCCUCCGGGCCAACGUUAUUCUCAGCGGCCUGCUCGACAAGUGGUUCGAGGCGGAAAGUAAAUCCAGGAGGUACUGGCUGGAAGGGGAAAGCUUGUGGAAGAAACAAGAGCUACAAGGGGCCCUGGAAAAGUAUAACCAGGCUGUGGAACUAGUGUCCUCUAUCGCUAGUUUGCUAGCACAGCGAGCCGAGCUGCACAUGGACAUGAAGAACUUUAACCAUGCAAUCCAGGAUGCCGACAGUAUUUGCCGCCUCCUACCAGCAUCGCCAAAGGCCCACUACAUCAGAGCCAAAGCACUUUGCUGUGCUGGCCGCAGAGAAGAGGCGUUGCAGGAGUAUUUUAUCUGUGUAGCACUCAAGCCAGACUGGACAUCUGUCAAGUCGGAGGCACAGAAGAUCCUGAGCGAGAUGUUUUCAUCCAUUUUUCAGAACGACAGUCUGGUCACACGCCUCCAUCCGCUUCAAACCUCAAGCUCAUCCCCUCGCAUCAAACCUUCAUCACUCCUUAGCUCUCUUCACUUUUCCCCAACGAGGGACGGCGCCAGAGCUGGCUGCUCCAAAGACCCUGCACUCAGUAGCAACAAAGCUUGCGACGGUUCGAGUUCCUCGUCCUUAAAUCAGCCAGAGAGCAGCAUAGAAGAAUCGAAAAGCCUGGCAGCUGUGCUUUCCUCCCUCCCUGUAGCUCCUGGUGUGAAAAGAAAGUGCUUGGCUGAUGCUGGUGCCUUUCUGCCUCCCAGCAAGAUUCUCAAAGCAGAUCCUUCCAGUUCCUCACAGACUCCUCCUGUCCAGUGUGGGACGAGGACAGUACCGUCUCAUCUCUUGGACAGUGCAGACAUGGAGUGUUCUCUGUGCAUGAGGUUGUUCUACGAGCCCGUAACCACUCCCUGUGGACACACCUUCUGUCUCAAGUGUCUGGAACGCUGCCUGGAUCAUAACCCCAACUGUCCUCUAUGCAAAGAGAAUCUUUCCGAGUAUCUGGCCACAAGAGGGUAUAAAAAGACCUUUCUGAUGGAGGAGGUCCUUCAGCGCUACUUGCAUGAGGAGCUGGAAGAGAGGAGAAAAGUGCAUGAAGAAGAAAUGAAAGAACUGUCCAACUUGAACCAGGAAGUUCCUAUCUUUGUCUGCACCAUGGCGUUUCCCACAAUCCCCUGCCCGCUGCACGUAUUCGAGCCACGCUACAGGCUGAUGAUUCGCAGGGCCAUGGAGACAGGAACCAAGCAGUUUGGCAUGUGCAUUUCUGACGAAUUGAAAGGGUUUGCUGAUUAUGGCUGUAUGCUGGAGGUGAGAGAUGUGAAGUUCUUCCCUGACGGUCGCUCGGUGGUCGAUACGAUCGGCAUGUCUCGCUUCAAAGUGCUCAGCCAUGGUCAGAGAGACGGCUACAACACGGCCAAGAUCGAGUAUUUGGAGGAUAAGAAGGUGGAAGGAGAGGAAUUAUCCGAGCUCCUGAAGCUGCAUGACUCCGUUUAUGAUCAGGCCACAGCCUGGUUCACGUCUCUCAAAGACAACAUGAAAAGCCAGAUCCUGAGCCACUUCGGUCACCUGCCUGCCAAAGACCCUGUCCCACAGGGGAACCCGAGUGGGCCGGCGUGGUGCUGGUGGCUCUUGGCUGUGUUGCCUCUAGAGAAUAAAGCUCAGCUCACCAUCCUGGCCAUGACGUCGCUGAAAGACCGCCUCAUCGCCAUCCGCAGAGUGCUCAUCUUCGUCACCAGGAAGCGCCCUCGAUGACCUCGGCCUUCCUCGAUCCUCACCGUCGUCAUAGUCACUGUCUUUUCAGGAGCCACAAGACAGGUAGCGGACCACUGAAGCAGCUUGUCGAGUCUCUCAUCAUCCGCAACCACUCGCCGAACGAUAAACUGACGCGCAUGCUCUACAGUGCGCAGUCCGUGUUGAUUUACAGAAAAGAAAAGAAAAAAAAAAGACAGACCGUAGCUAAAGACGUAGUAAAAACUGAAAGAGGAAGCCCUGUGCUGAUAACCGAAUGCUGUGAACAUGCCACUCCUGCUUUGUGCCUCGUAUGUGUGUAAGGCUGACCAAAUGCAUCUCAUGGGCUUCCGGUAUGUUUACUGGUCCAGUGGCCUGCUUGUGGUUCACACAUCAUGUACUAGUUAAGCCUGUACACAACUUUUUAUUACCUCCUUUGAAAAACCAGUCUUGCAAGCCACACAUCGCACAAAUCUUCAUUAUAGGCACGAUGAUGAUAACUGAACCGUUUCACGUGACGUGCAAUCAGUCGGUAUAGAGGGUAUAGAAAUACAUACUGUAUCUGAAAGGGGGAAAACAUUAAUCCUACAUUAAUAAAAGGUAGAAAUCUGGCUGAUUGCGGUCACUGGAAAUGGCUCAGAUUAUCCGUCUUUUGUUUUGAGUUUUUUUUUUUUUUUUUUUGUUGUGUGUGUGUGUGUCCAAAUAUGAGUAUUUCUGUUAAUAACAUACUUUGUCUCCCAUAUUUAAGAAUGCUAAAAUAGCAAUUCCGAAUAUUUAUUUUGGUUAAUUUGCAAAAAAAAAAAAGUGACGUCCUAGUAAAAUGGACAUCAGCCUGAUUCAGUCAUCUGUCGAUAUGGCCUCCGUUCUCCUGCCUGGUCAGAUGAUCACCAAAACAGAGAAGAGCUUUUACAUGCCGUGUAACCAUGUAGAAUUAUUUUACAGAACAGAUACGACUGAAUAAAUCGGCAGAUGUUUCCCUACGUCAGUAAACGUUAGCAUGAACAGAGAUCAGUUGUCUGAAGAAAUAACAACAAGGCUUGCAUUUAAAUGCCAUGAGUGACCUUCACCUCAGGUUAAUGAGACGGAGAUUGACGUGGAUGAUUCGGAGAGUCGGUGUGAUCCGACGUUCCUGUCGAAAGUUCAACAUUUAUCAGGAACAUUUCCUGGUUUGUUUGGUUUUUUUUCCGUCAGGAGAUUAAGGUAUAAAUGUAGAAGUAGGCGGUGCGUCUUUGAGUGGAAUCUUUGUGUGAUUUUUGUUUUUUUUUUCUCUCUUUCUCUCGUAUCUCAGUUCAGGAAAGCCUGUAGUUUGGGAAAAAAAGGUGUGAAGGGUUUUCCCAGGCCGCCACACUGUGCAUCACUGAGCAGUGUGCUGAAACUGAAUCGGUUCCAAGUGGUUUGUUACUGAAAAGAAGUGGUCACUUUUU